AUGAUGAUAGAAAAAGAGAGCACCCUGAUUACCUUUGUACCUAAAUCCAAGCAAUGCAUAGUAACAAACGUCAGAAAUCUUGAAAGUAGAAAAUUAGUUAUUCCAGAACUUGAAAACAUAGGUAGUUUGUCUGAAGAGUUAAAUUCUCUAUGCUUACUUAAUGACAAUAGAGCCUUUUGCUAUAGCACUAGAAUAAACGGAGAGCAGCCUGGACAGAUUUUUAUUAUUGACUAUGUGAAUAGAAAUAUAGAAAGAAGGCCUGAUAGUCAGCGCAUUUCCUAUGGAGCUAGAGGAAUUUUUUACCAAGAAACUGACUCAGUUUACAUAUUUGGAGGAGUGCUUUCAAAAAGUGCUUUUAAAUAUUCAUUAAGAAGCGAAAAUUGAACUGAGUUAAGCUCUAUGGAAGCUGAGUCUCACACAUGCUCGUGUGCUUUAUUUGGAGACAAUAUCGUAUAUUCAGGAUAUCUACAUACAAAUUUGUAUAUUUAUUCGAUAUCUAAUGAUUGUCAUUACGCUUUCAGAAGUUCAGAAGAAUAUCCAAGUAUUCCAAAUCUAACCCAAAAUUCAGCAAAGAUUGUUACUGUUAAUAGUAAUAGAAUAUUCAUUAUCGAUGCCCUUGGGUUUAUUUAUGAAAGCCACGAGUGUUCAGCUUCAGAAUGGACAAUAUUAGCAAAAUCACGUAUUAAUUACGGAUAUCUCAUGUCGUAUAUUUUUCCAUAUAAUAAAUCCAUUUACUUCGUUAUUCAAAAUGCGCUUUACGAGUUUUGCUUUGGGACAAAUAUUGGCGACAAGCGAGUCAGGCUAAAGAUUCAAGACAUCUCAAAAAUAGAGGAAAACAGUAUAGAAAAUGAUAAAAAAGAGAAAGAGGAAGAGGAUAAAAGGAUCAAUUAA